CAAAGAUACAGCUGUCUCUGCUCUGUGAUUGAAUCACAGACUAAUAAGAGAUACGAUUGAAUUCUGCCCGUCGUGGCGUUAUUACGUGCUGGGGUCACUUGAAAAAAAUGUUCUCGGUUAAAGUUUACGAGUCCUAUCUCUUUCUCUGUUGUGUUUUUCUAGUUUGGUAGUUACUUACAGUAUCGAUUAACUGCUACGGGUUGUUCCAAUAUCCUGUUCAACACCAUAUUGCUGAACUAUGAAUUAAUAUAUAUACUGACCCAGCCUUAUCCAACCUUAAUAUUGGCAUGAUAAAGGCUUGAUGAAGCGGUAAUGAUUGAGUAUUAGUGCUCAGCGAUUUCAAUAUUUCUAAGUGGACAUUGGCCCAAUCACAGUUAAUAAGACCAUGGAAGCAUAUUACUCAUGUAGCUGUUGCCUCCUGCGCCCUCCGGACAAAGGCCUCAAGACACUAUACAAUCAUCUUGGAAAAGCAGAGAUAUAUUACGACAUGUUGAGAGAAUGCUUCGAUUUAAAUCUAAGUUUAGGAAAUGACGAAUGUGGGAUCUGCGAGGUGUGCGUGGGGCGGCUGCGGGACGCAAACGAGUUCAAGCUGCAAGUGCAGCGUGUCCAGGACGUACUGCACAAGCGACUCACGGGAGCACUCCCUGCCACUGCAGGUGACAGCAUCAAAAUCAAGUUAGAGAAACCAACUGGAGAUGACGAUGUUUCGCGCGGUAUCAAGCAGGAGAGGCCGGAGGUGGAGAUGGCUGACAGCAGCAUUGUAUCAGUUUCAUUACACGAAGGAUCUCCAGUGCCUUUUGCUCAACCCAUUCCUACCGCGUCCCACAGCGUUUCGGUCGCGCCAGCUCCGAACGUUACCAGGCGCCGCUCCCACACUGGAGAGAAACCUUAUGCGUGCAACAUAUGCGACAAAAGAUUCGGACAGAAGGGCCAUUUAAAUGUUCAUUACGCAAACCAUAUAGGAAAAUUCAAAUUCUCUUGCGAAUUAUGCAAAAGGGGGUUUGUACACAAACAUCAAUAUAUUACUCAUAAACAGACGCAUACUGGUGAAAAACCAUACGAAUGUGAGAUAUGCAACAAGAAAUUUAGACAAAAAGGCCAUUUAGACGUACAUAGAAAUAGUCAUUCUAAAUAUGAUCAGAAUCAUGUAGAGCCAGGAGAAAUAAAUACAUGCAAAAAAGAGUCUUCAGAAGAAGCAGAAGAUCGAGAAGCCGCAAAAUAUUUUACAUGUGAUAUAUGCAAAAAGCAAUUUGUGGAUAAACACUAUUUAGACGCUCAUUCCAAACAUCACACUGGGGAUUAUCCGUUCACUUGCGACGUUUGUACAAGGAAAUUUAAUACGCAGUUUGCUUUGAAGACUCAUAAAGUUGAUCACUCGGGAGGGAGACCUUUUAAGUGUGAAAAAUGCAGCAAAGGGUACACAACAAAAGGUGCUUUAAAUCUUCAUUUGAAAGUUCACACUGAGGACUAUAAGUACGCAUGUCAUAUGUGUAGUAAACGAUACAUAACAAAGGAGAAUUUUAAUGUACAUAUGCGCGUACACACAGGGGAAAAACCUUAUACUUGUGUAACUUGUGAAAGUAAGUUCCGCUAUUUAAAUAACUUGAGGAGACAUUUAUUGGAGAAACAUGACCAAGUUAUGGACAAACAGUUCAGUUGUGAUAUUUGUGGGAAACGAUUUGCAUUACAGGGGCCUUUAGUAAAACAUAUGAACAAACACACUGUCCAGACUGACAAGGAAAGGAGGAAGAAAGAAAAGAAGAAGAAGAAGGAAACCGGUGAUAAAAAGAAAGACCUAGCAUUUAUGUGUGAAAUAUGUAGCAAACGAUUUUCGACAAUAGGUAUUCUAAAUAACCAUAGAGUCACACAUAAUGAAGAAAGACCUUUCGAGUGCGAAGUAUGUCAUAAAAAAUACCGAACGAAGACGAAUUUACUGGACCACAUGCAGGUGCACGAGGAAAAAAAACACUCGUGUGAAGUAUGCGGCCAGCCAUUCAGACAUAAGUCUGCCUUGAAUGUUCAUAUCCGACGGAGGCACUUCGAAAACAGACCACAUGUUUGCGAUAUUUGUAAUAAGGCUUUUGUAGUUCUUGCUCAAUUAAAAGAGCAUUAUCGAGUACACACUGGGGAGAAACCGUAUGCUUGCGAAAUAUGCUAUAAGAAAUUUCCGUGGCAAAACGGGGUUAAAAGACAUCUUAAACAAGUUCACAAUGAGAAACCUUCGAGAUUUGUUAAAUUAAAAGAAGUGAAUAAACAUGACUAAAUUAAAAGUGAUUUGUUGUGUAAAAAACAUUGCAUGCAAGAUGGCAUCGAGAAAAUCCACCCAUUUUUAGUCAUCAUUUUGUUCCAUUAUAGUUUCGCCAUGUCCGUCCGCGACUUUGUUCAGUAGUCGUUACAACUAUAAAGCUACAAUUUAGCGUGAGUAUAUUUUCACUGUAACAAAACCAGCAAAAAAACGUUUUGUUGUUGGAGGCAGGGGUGGCCCUGGUCCCAGAACUAAUAAGGAUCGAGCGAGGAACGCUUUGUGGCAACCUUUGUGAACCAAAUAACCAAUAGCUAUUGGAGCUACUGAAGACUGUCGAAGUUUACAGUAAUAUUAUCAAAAGGGAGUUCGGAAUUGAUUCUCGAUUCUCGUUGAUACAUGCAUAACUGCAUGUACAGUGGGGAUAGUCCACACCUUUCGGAGGCAAUAUCGUUCAUAUCUCUUAGAAUCAGAAACCUAUCAAUAAAGAAACUUGGUUUGUCACAGUCGUUGAGCGUUAAGGACGAGGGCAUUGGCUGUAGUAGAAGGAACGUUUUGAAACGAAAGGAAAGGCCUUUCGAAAAAGUACAGUAGGCCAGAUGACAAGUAUUCAUUAAUCAAAAUAAAUAAAUAAUGAUAAUGUUAUCAGUCGAUGAGGUGUGUUUUGUGGAUGUGUUUGCAAUAAAGCAAUACAAAAGUUAAAAAUGAUAUACAAAAUCUGACAAUCGUAUUCUUUUUACGAUACGCUCCUAACAAAAUGGCAUGCAAUCGUGACGUCACUAUUGCUUAGAAGCCGUCGGAAAACAAUGAAAUUGCGAUUUUGUCGGUGAAAUAUUGCGUUUAUGUGUAUAGUUGCUGUACAAUCUGUUUUUUAAUAGAAUGUAAGGAAUCGAAUAGUACCAUAUUUUUGCCUACUUGAAAGUUAACAAAAAACUU